CUUAUUCACAAUCUGCACGGAUUUCAGCACCACCAAGUAUUUCCAGAGUUGGUAACGAAGAAAACCAUGGUUAGACGACCAAACUGACAUACUGAAACUUUUUUAUUUUAUUACAAAUCUAUUAUCGUCAAAUCAAAAUCCAACUAUACCAUACAAAUCGAAGGCCUCCCUGUCACCGUCCUCUUUCUUUCUUUUUUCUUCUUCUUUUUCUCAGCAAACAAACAGACAAAACAAAAACAGAAACAACCCUCAAAAACGAGUACGCGUCCGUGUUUGAUAGUACCACACCAUUUCCCUUUGCCACCUCUCUCUCUCCCCCCCUCUUUUAUGAAUUCUCUGCCAUAGAACUUUCCAGUUCUCUGUUUUUUUCCUUUGUAUCUUGAUGGGUGCCAAUUUCUCUGCUUUGUUCAUAGACCAAGAUGGUUUAGCAUCUGCUUCUUCGUCAUCAGUCAGUUUGGGGGACUUACCAGAGAGCUGUGUGGCAUCAAUUAUUGGGUAUUUGGAUCCUCCAGAGAUAUGUAAAUUGGCAAAGUUGAACAGAGCAUUUAGAGGUGCUUCUUGGGCUGAUGUUGUUUGGGAAUCGAAAUUGCCACCCAAUUACCAAAUCCUUGUUGAUAAAAUUCUCGGCUUUGUGCCUGAAAAGUUGGGUAAAAGAGACAUCUAUACAAGACUUUGUAGAGCUAAUACUUUCGACGAUGGCACCAAGAAAGUAUGGCUGGAUAAGAGCACAGGUGGUGUUUGUUUGUUAAUCUCUUCCAGGGGGCUACGUAUAACCGGGAUUGAUGAUCGAAGAUAUUGGAAUCAUAUUCCUACUGAGGAAUCUAGGUUCGGUUCCAUUGCAUAUCUUCAGCAAAUCUGGUGGUUUGAAGUUGAUGGGGAGGUGGAAUUUCCCUUUCCAGCAGGGACCUACAGCGUUUUCUUCAGACUGCAGUUGGGGCGUGCCUCUAGAAGGUUUGGUCGCCAAAUCCGCAACUCUGAGAAUGUCCAUGGUUGGGAUAUAAAACCAGUAAGGUUUCAGCUAUGGACUUCGGAUGGUCAGCAUGCCACAUCUCAAUGUACUUUGAGUGAUCCAGGGGAAUGGUUUCACUACCAUGUGGGAGACUUCAAUGUCGACAACUCUAAUUCAUCAAUGAAGAUUAAGUUAUCUAUGAUGCAAAUUGAUUGCACGCAUACAAAGGGUGGUCUCUGUUUAGACUCUGUGGUCAUAUACCCCAGUAAAUUUAGGGAAAGGUUAAAGCACAAAGGAUUUUUAAAGUGCGCUUAACCUAUGUAAUUACAAGUUUCUAUUUUGUAGAGAGGUACACCUAUUCAAAGGAGAGUGUAAUUAAGUUGUAGCUGGUUUUUUGAGGGUUAGAGACUUGGGAGUCAAUUUUGUCUAUAAAUUAUGUUUCUGUUUGUUUAUCUAUUAUGCCCUUUUCUGUCUCA